AUGGAAACAUCGAGUGGAAAAAUAUCUGUGAAAAUAUUCUCGGUUUUAAUUUUCACUCCCUUGUGUCCUUGUGUAACACGCAGUAAAGAAGUAGUUACUAGGUAUUCUACUCACGUUAGAUGCGUCAUUUGUUCAGUGUUCAUGCUGAAAACACCACAGUUUCCUACAUUGAAACCAGUAGUACUUAUUAAAUCGACUCCAUCUCGUGAUAAUAUGAGGCAACAAGAAAAAUAA